ACAAUAGCGAAAAUUCAAAAAGCAGAAACAUAAACCCCACUCUAAGCGGCCAAACAUCAAACAUUUGAUCUGCAAAAAACACUACAAACCUUGAUGAACUCCAACAACAAAUAAAUCAGCUUCACAUUUUAAACCAACCAACCCUAAAUGUUCGGUGCUCAGUCAUCAUCGCCGGCUUUCGGCACUCCGUCUUCAACUCCGUCAUUAUUCAGCACUCCAUCUUCUACGCCGUCGUUUGGCAACACUUCCGCUCCUUCACUCUUCGGCACUCCGUCGUCUACUCCGGCGUUCGGUACUCCUUCCACUCCUUCUUUCUCCACCGGCGGCGGUUUUGGUUCUCUUUUCUCCACGCCGUUAACGCAGCAGCCGCAACAAACUCCGUCUGCUACCGGAUUUGGAUUCCAAACUCCUGCUAGUAAUAAUCAGAUGAUGACGCCGUUUCCUAACGCUCAGUUAACUACUCAAAUGGCUCCGGUUGCUCCUCUCCCGUUCUCUCUCGCCGAUCGUGAUAUUCAGGCGAUUGUGGAUGCUUAUAAGGAGGUACCAGGAAACCCUAAAUAUGCGUUCAAGCAUUUGUUGUUUAAUGUGACUGAUCCACAGUGUAAAGUGAAGCCGGCUGGGGUUUCAGAUAUUAUGUGGGCAGAGGCUAUGGCAAAGCUAGAAGGUAUGGAGAGUUCGGAUCGAGAACGUCUUUGGCCUCAGCUUGUUCAUGGUUUUAAAGAUCUUUCUAAUCGGCUCAAGCUCCAAGAUGAAGUUAUUGUUUCAGAUGCUGAGCGAUUGCGCAUGACCCAAAGCAAUGUGAAGAUGCUUCAAAGGCAUUUUCAAGCUGAGACACUUCCAUGGAUUGAAAGAAUGAGGCAAAAGGAGCAGAGUCUUCAAAGGCGUCUGUUAAGGGUAAUGAGAAUAAUGGAGGCAUUAGAGGGUAAGGGUUACAGAAUGCCGUUAAUGAAAGGGGAAGCUGAAUUGGCCGAGAAACUGGCUGGUACAACCAGACAGCUCAAAGGAUCUGGAGCUGAACUUUCUAGGAGAGUUCAAAACCUACUCAACGUAACACGUGUUCAAGCCAAUGCACUUGGAGCUGGUGGAUCUAUUUAUCUUCCUGGGUCAACCAAAAUACAUGAACAGAGUCUUGCUGAUAUGCAGGAGGUCUUACAACAGCAGACGGAAGCCAUUGCAAGGCUUGGAAGUGUGUUGAAACGAGAUAUGAGGGAUAUGGAAAUUAUUAUGGCGGAGGAUACGGAAAUGACACUAAAUGUUAGCUAGAGAAAGGAGCAAGGAGUGCUUGAUCCGUUUUUGUGAAUUCGUUUUAUGUUCUCGAAUCUUACGACUAAUCAGAUUACUAAAACCUCUUAUACCCAUUUUUCGAUGUCGUAUUGUUUCAAGUUUAUUAGAGCUUGUACAUCUAAACCAGCAAUGCCAACUCUUAAAAGAUGCAAUUUGUAGGGCAGUUUUCCUUAAUUAACGGGAUGUUGAGAAUUGUGGCUUCUUUUGCUCACAAAAUUGUAAUGUACAAAUGAUUUUCCAAGUUCGUACAUCCGCUAUGGUUUCUUCAA